CUAAGUACGUCAAACGUCAUGGGAACUAGGUCGUAAAAAAUGGUCGAUCUGUAUCUAUAUUUGAAUAUUUUGUUAUAAUAUUACAAUCUUUUUCGAUGAAAUCCCUAUUGUUGGAGCAUAAGUGAGAGUUGUUCCAACGAUGUCAAUUGUUUGCAAAGGAUAAAUUGUACAUAACCUCGGGAGCCAUAGCAACGGAAAGAGACAUUCACUUAUGGCAUAAUUAUCCAAGAUGGCAGACAAUUAUAGCCUGAACUAUAAUGUCAGAGAGCUGAAUUUGGGAGCAAGUUUCACUAAUAAUAAAGCUUCACAGUAUCACACAAUCAAAUACGAUUUCAAACCCGCAUCAGUUGAUGUGAACAAAAUGGCAACCGUUGAUGUCGGCACUAAUAAUCAAGUGACGGUAACAGUACCACAUUUAGAUGGUGCCGGUGUUCCCCAGACUGUAUUCAAAGGAAGUCAAAGGCCUUAUACAAAGGAAUGUGUCCUUAUUAUAGACAGGGUUACAGGAGAAAUGACCCUGGAGAAGCUGUCUAGUAAUAUACAAGUGAAAAAGACAAGACAGGAGUCAUCACUGAAGCCGCGGCCGUUGACACCCGUCACUGCGGAUUUCACGAAUACGACGCAGCGCUCCACGUCGCGGACGCGCGUUGCCACGAACCGACGAGCCAAUCCUAACCCUAAUGCAGGCCCUGCAGGUGCCACGCAAGCCAACAAUCAAUCUCGUUUCAAUGGCAAUCAGAUGCAGAAACCUCCUCAGAACAUGGUUAGGUCACCACCCAGAGUGAAAACAUCUCCUCCGCAAGCUCCGUGGUCGAGUGGUGGAAACAGUACUCUGGCGUCACUACCGAUGAUCGGACUGGACGAGAGCCCUGCGCCGGCGCACAAUGGGUACGCGCGGGCUCCCGAGCGAGUCGAGCGGCCAGAUCGACCUGAUCGACCCGAUCGACCAGAUCGUCCAGAUCGACCAGAUCGACCUGAUCGACCUGAUCGACCUGAUCGGCCAGAUCGGCCUGUGUAUGAGAGACCGCCGCAGCCGCCUGCUGAGUCGAGACAUCAGCCAGAACAUGUACCUGCACCGGUGCAGCAGGAAGAUAGUUCGUCGAGUUCGUCGAGUAAUAGCGACAGUGACUCCGACAGUGGUAGCGAUAGCGAUGAUAACUCCGGAGCGUACCACGCACAGACAAAUGGUAACGUCAGCGCCCCGGCGACAGCGCUGCCCAGCGACGUGCUCAACAAUGAUCUCUGCCUCUCCGAGUCCGGCAGCGACUCCGACUGACCUCACGACAAACUUUUUUCUUUAUCCGGGUUUGGGUAUCGCUUUACACUUCCGGUACACGAACUGCGAGAUUGCUCUCAACUUCACAAGAAUGUAUAUCAUUUAAAAUUCGUAAUUUUAAUAAAAAUCUACAACAACAUCAUGCGCUCAAUUAUGUAACGUAGCUGCUAACAAUUCUCAUUUAAAACAGAUUGAAUGUACAGUUUUACGAUUAUGUAUUCCACCAUUGACAGUUGCAAUUUCGAACGAUUAAACUUGUAAUUGCAACUCUCGAAUGGUUGUUGCAAAAUUGUAAACCUAUCUAUCUAAAUCUGUUACGAAUGAGAAUUGUUAGCAAGCGUGUUACACAAUAAAGCAGCAGUUCCUAUGGCAAAUAGCAAUAGUAUACAUUUCCAAAUACGUUUAAGGUAACUUUGCUAAGUAAAAUUGCUCUAUUUUUUUAUAACUAGACAGCAGAAGCAAUGUAUCGAUCAUGUUACAGAUAAAGAGAUAAAGGAUGUGCUGUCUCGUU